AAAAGAAAGGGCUACGUCAGAGCCUUUUGCGCAUGCCCGGUCUCCAUGGGAGCGAGGUUGCUGCAGGAUAAAUACGUCCUCUCCAUGUUCCAUUGAGAGAUCGUUGUUUAGAAACAUUGCAAGGAAAAGAAGACGAGUUUUGAGUUUUCUAGCGUUUUAACCGGAUCGUUCAAGUCUACGACAAAAUGUCGGUGACUCAGACGAUUAAUAAGGCGGCGUCCAACCCGUCCAGGACCCACGAUUACCUGUACGAUCCGCUGUUUUCUGUGUCGAGUGAUCGCGAUCAUGCCCGGGCUACCUUCAAGGCGCACACCAGCGUCGACCGCAUCAAACGUGUGCCCGAAUACAACACGAUGUUCAGCAGCCUGCGACAUCACCCUCGCUUCUCUGUCCGUCUGGGACCCACCGACCCCGUACCGGCGUACAUCAACAGGCAGUGGCGGGGGUACGCAGACCAGGCGCGGGAGGCACUUGUCAGGUACACCACCUUCAACUACGACCCGAGUGUCCAGAUCCCACAGGUCAGCUAUCCCGAUGCAGAGGUGUCCGGACGGAACAGGUAUCAGUACUUCCGUCGCCCCAUCAUCCCCUUCCUACAACAAGUCCCGCCUGAUGUGCUGCUUGCCACCAACAAAGUCGACCCCCUCGCCCCUCCGGAGUCCCAACAAGCUGCCGGCCCCACCCCCAUGACUCGCACGGUGGCAAUACAGACUGACUACAGGGACAGUGAGACUCAGACCGAGCCCUACUCCCCUGAGUAUGUGGUCCGUCCUGGAUCUGCUCCUGAGCUUCUCACCUUGGCCACGCUCACCUUUGGGCGCGGUCUCCCCGCGGGUCUGGCCGAGGUAGAGAUGAUCGAACGAGCACGAGCGAAGCGAGCAUGGGAGGCGACACUCCCACCCUUAAAUGACGUGUCCCAGCUGGAUAAGAGGAGGAAGAUGAUGGACGAGCAGGAGAGAAAAGAGUGGGCCAUACGGGAGGCAGAGAUCGAGAAGUUACAAGAAGCCCGCCUGGAAGUCCUUAAGAAGUUGCUGCAGCAGCGAGAACAGAACCACCGUGAGCUGACCACCAAGCGACUGGACCGGCUCUGGACCAAGAAGCAGCAGCACAAAGAAGACAAGGUGACAAGGAUCAGGCGAGAGCACAUCAAGACCAUCCGUAAGCUGACCAAGAAGCGCCUUAACGUAGAAGGGAAGGUGGAGCGUCGAGACAUCACCCACGACUACUCGAACCACGCCUCUCAGACGUACGCCCCCAUCUCCAGAGUUGGCGUGUUCCUGGACAGGGGGUCGGAGCAGUACGUCGUGAAGAGUCGCCAUUUAACGACAUACGAGGGUCUCCUCGAGUUGGAGGGCUCGCUACCAGACUUUGUGACCCAGCCGCGAAUCAGAGCCCCCAAACAGCGCAGCGUCGUGGGGAAGGACGGCUAUGUCAAGAGGAAGAACAGGCGCGAGAAGGAGCUCGCUGAAAUCUACGAGGAGAUGCAGAAGAACAAGCUGAAGGGAGACGAGGCGCCCAAACCCCUGCGGUUCCUGCAGAAGAUCGAGAAGCCCAUCCCCCGCCCGCCGACUCCGUCAGUGGAGGUGCCAUCACAGGAGGAGGAAGAUCAGGAGCUGGCUGUCAUCUUCCUGCAGAAACUCAUCCGGGGCAAGGCUGUCCAGAACAUGAUGUUUGAGGGUAAGGAGAAGAGGCGUGAGCUGAUCCUGGAGCUGCAGUCUACACACGCCCUCCAGGAGGCGCAGCAGCAGAUGAAGAAGUCUGAGAAGGAGGCCAUCCUUACACUACAGCGCCAAAGGCAGAUGCACCAGCACAAGGAGUCCAACAUUGACGAGGGUCUGGCAGACCUGGAGGGCGCAGCUAUCGGUGACAUGCUGGACUUCCUCAGCAAGGAGCUCAUCCGUCUUCAGGAGGAGCGCCGCAUCCACGCCUUCUCCAUGCUGGCAGAACGCCAGCGCAGGAUCCGCGAGGCAGAGGAAAGCGGGCGUCGCCAGGUCGAGGAGCGUCGCCGCCGCGAGGAAGACGAGAUCUUCAAGCAGGUGAUCGGCGUUCACCAGGAAACCGUCGACACCUACCUCCAGGACAUCAUCAUCGGGUCCGUGGACGCCACCGCAGAGAGGCAAGCCCGCGAGGAGGUCCAGCGCAAGGCCGAGCAAAUCAACGACAUCGCGUACGAGAUCGAAGAGAGCCGCACCAAGCUGCAAUCAGAGGAGAUCGUGUCCGAGCUGGUCCACUCCUUCCUGCUACCAGAGGUUCAGAAGCAGACCACGCGAGAGAAGGUCAAGACUCAGCAGAGGAAACAUCUCCUAGCAGCGCACAAAGUGGUGCAUAAAGAGGGGGAGGGUGUGAUGGCCAUGCACGGUCAGCCUAGCUCUGCUACAGAAGACAAGGUUAUGGAAGACAAGGCUACACAGGAGGGUGAGGGAAAACCAGCCUCUCCUGAGCCUGAGAAGUGAUAUGUAGCACAGUCUCUCAUGCUGAAUGUUUUGUCCUCAUCAUCAUAUAUA